GAGAUCCUCUCAUGGCCUUCCUUUGUCAACCUUUUCUGUGUUCUCCAUUGACAAAAGUCCCUAUACCCCAAAACCCAGGUUUCAUGUCCUUCAUUUUCCUUAAUCCCCCAUUUCACCUUCUCCCUCUUUUCCUCAAAUUUUCAUCUCAAUUUCUUUCUUAUUUCACAUUUCCUGAUUUGAGGUACAAAACAGGUUUAUCUCAUAAUAACCUUCAUCUUGCACCAAAUUGUUUGAUUGAAGGAUCGUUAUACAUUGAAGCUGCAGGGUUUCCAUCAUUAAUUCUGAAAAUCUGAAGCUAUAAAAUUGAUGGCUUUCUUGAAUUAUGAGAACAAGAUAUCAGGAAGUGGUAAGAAAAUGAAAGUGCAUUUUGAUCUUCCUGAGGAGGAUGAUUCCAUGGAUCAUCAGAAGCAUUCAAGCACUUCAAUUUCAUCUGAAUCUUCACUGGAUUCAGAUGAUAUAGACAAGGAUGAACCUAAUACUGGUUAUGGCUCUCCUGUGCGGAGCUUCGAAGGUGGGUCAUCUACACCUCCUCCAGCUCCUCCACCUGGGUAUGAUCCAAAUAGAAUCCCAGCUUCUGUGUUUUCUGCUAGACCUGCAAGUCCUAUGGAAUGGAGUGUAGCCUCAAAUGAAUCACUAUUUAGCAUACACAUAGGAAACAGCAGUUUCUCAAGGGAUCAUGCUUUUGCUAUGAAUAAUAAAUCUGGGGAAUUAAUGCCCUGGGCUAAUGAUUUACCUAGCAUGCCAACAACAUUGGCACCAGUUCAAGAAGUGAGUAAGGAGAAAAUUGAGGAGAUGCACUCUUUGUCAUCAUCAGAUUCAGAUAUACCAGAUGACACUGCAGAUUUAGCUCUGGAGGAUGAUCAUGCAUCAAAUAUUGAAACUGCAGAGUUAGUUGUUGAGGAUGACACUAGAAAAGAAGAAACAGUUGCAAAACUGGAGACAACAACAACAUUGGACAAAACUCCAGAUGAGGAUCAUAGUAAAGAAGCAGUGGUCCCUAAGGAGGAACAUAAGAGUUUUCCCAGCGUCUCCUACCGCUCAGUCGAAAGCGAUAUGAGCAACAGUUCAUUUCAAUUUCCUAUAUUGACUAAUGAUGGAGUAAGAAUUAGUUCAGAAACAGUAGAUUCAGAAAAGCAAGAAAGAAAUGAAAAACAGCAGCACCAGCAGCCGCAGCAUCCACCGCCGCAGAAUCACGUGCCGCCUCCUAAUCCUAAAACUGAAAAAGCACCAAGAUAUUAUUGUUGUAGAAGUUGGUGGUGUUGUUUCCGUUGUAGUUCACCCUGUUAUUGAGAAAGGUCUUCAAACACAAGGUUGGAACGGCACUAACUUGACAACUCUAGCUGCCCCUCUGCUUAGAGGCCCCCCUGAUCAAAUAACUGGACACACAAUGGUUCUUCUGCAGUUUCAUGAAUCUUCUCUAAAAUGCAAGAGGAAAAGACAGCUUCAGCUGGGAACCCUGAGCGGCUUUGGUAUAAAUUGUUGAGAAGUGAAUGAUCUUAUUGUUCAAGUGAUGGAGAGUCAGGUGAUAGAAAGGUUUACUCAUACUACUCACAUAUUUAUACAUAUAGAAAAUGAUUGCAGACGUAUUCAUACAUUUAGAGUGAGAAGGAAAGAGAAGAGAAAUAAUGAAUCAUAUAUCACGAAUGUAAAAAGAAGAGAAUGAGAUAGAGUAAAAUAAAGUGUCUCUUAAGUAUAUAUCUACUAUGUUUGUAUGUAUAAGUAUCACUAUUGUAUACAUAUGUAUCAUGUGUUAUAGAUAGUUUUGCAUUGCAUUUGCAAUGCAUGAAUAAUUUGAAAAAUUAA